AUGGCGAUCACAAAGAUCCACGCUAGAUCGGUCUACGACUCCCGUGGCAACCCCACAGUCGAGGUCGACGUCGUCACUGAGACUGGCCUUCACCGUGCCAUUGUUCCAUCCGGCGCCUCCACUGGUCAGCAUGAGGCUUGUGAGCUCCGUGAUGGUGACAAGACUCACUGGCUCGGAAAGGGUGUCUUGAAGGCUGUCAAGAACGUCAACGAGGUCAUUGGCCCCGCCGUCAUCAAGGAGAACAUUGACGUGAAGGACCAAUCCAAGGUCGACGAAUUCUUGAACAAGCUCGAUGGUACCGCCAACAAGUCCAACCUUGGUGCCAACGCCAUCCUUGGUGUCAGUCUGGCUAUCGCAAAGGCUGGUGCUGCUGAGAAGGGCGUUCCACUUUACGCGCACGUCUCCGAUCUUGCCGGGACCAAGAAGCCAUACGUCCUUCCCGUACCAUUCCAGAAUGUCCUCAACGGGGGUUCCCAUGCUGGUGGCCGCCUUGCCUUCCAGGAAUUCAUGAUUGUUCCAUCUGCCGCCCCUUCUUUCUCUGAGGCCCUUCGCCAGGGCUCCGAAGUCUACCACAAGCUCAAGGCACUUGCCAAGUCCAAAUAUGGCCAGUCUGCUGGCAAUGUUGGUGACGAGGGUGGUGUCGCUCCCGAUAUCCAAACUCCCGAGGAAGCUCUCGACUUGAUCGCCGAGGCCAUCGAGCAGGCAGGUUAUACCGGCAAGGUGAAAAUUGCCCUCGACGUUGCAUCCAGCGAGUUCUACAAGCCGGAGGAGAAGAAAUACGACCUUGACUUCAAAAACCCUAACAGCGAUAAGAGCAAGUGGGUCACAUAUGAGGAGCUCAGCGAUCUCUAUAAGAAGUUGGCCAGCAAGUACGACAUCGUCAGCAUUGAGGAUCCCUUCGCCGAAGACGACUGGGAGGCGUGGAGCUACUUCUUCAAGACCUCUAACAUUCAAAUCGUCGCGGAUGACCUUACUGUCACCAACCCCAUCCGCAUCAAGAAGGCCAUUGACCUCAAGGCAUGCAAUGCUCUGUUGCUCAAAGUGAACCAGAUCGGCACCUUGACCGAAUCCAUCCAGGCCGCGAAGGACUCGUACGCUGACGGCUGGGGUGUGAUGGUAUCUCACCGUUCCGGUGAGACCGAGGACGUCACCAUUGCCGACAUUGUCGUCGGACUGCGCUCUGGCCAGAUCAAGACUGGCGCCCCUGCCCGGUCCGAGCGUCUUGCCAAGCUGAACCAGAUCCUCCGCAUCGAGGAAGAGCUUGGUUCCAGCGCUGUCUAUGCUGGAGAGAACUUCCGCACUGCAGUAAACCUGUAAGAAAAGGAAAAGAAAAAAUAAAAAAGAUAAAGGACGGAAAAGAACGAAUCGAAUCGAAAUCCGAUAGUCAAUACGGAGUACAUCCGCGAAAUAGCUAAGAAUUUGUAUCAAAAUAAGGAGCAUCUUUUGCCUUUGAAUUAGGAAAUUGAAGCCUCACAACAUUUGAA